UGCUGCUUUGAAAGUUUGACAGAUCCUGGCAGGACCUUUUUCUUGUGCAGUGUUCAUAACAAAAAAAAACUCCUGCAAAAUCUUUGUUGCAAUGUCGAGUGUGUAGUUAAAGUAAGGAUAUUUUAGGUGCAAAACAGUUUAAUCUAUUGUCGGAAUUGAAAAAAGUGGCUUUAAUGUAGCAAACAUGAUCUCGAAUGCAUUGUGUGACCUGGAGAAAUGUGUGGACACCGCCGGAGUUCAGCUCGAUACCCUAGCCCUCAAACUAACGGACGUCGAGCGCAACCUGGACGAAAAUGAGCUAGAGUCGCUGGAAAAUGAAUCCGUCAUGGAGCUGCUGGAAUCCGUGACGGAGGUGAAAAAUGAGUAUCAAAAUUUGCGCAAAGAUUUGCAGGAGGUGCAGCAGCUGCAGAAGGAAAUGACCAACUCGCUCCGCUAUCAGUUGCGAAACAUGACGCAAACAUUCCGUGGGCUGAAGAAAAAAAUCGAAUCCAACUCCAUACCCGUACACCUUGUGCCGCCACCGGCUGGAUCGUCUUCCAGGGGUGCAGGAAACGAAGGGCGCGAAACGCAACACCAGCAGUCGCACCCGCCGCAGCUACUGCCACAACCGGAUUUGACCGUACACGAUCACGGACCGAGGCGUGCCACGGCCAUGCUGAAGAGUGGCAAACGUGCGCUCGUGCGAAUGUUGCGUGCACUCUAUGGACAAUUUGUACCUGACUUGGUUUGGACCGUUUUGUACCGAACACAUUGGCGAACGUUACGCGUUAACUACUGCAAAAUGUAGCACAGAGGACUGUGGUGCUGGUGGUGCAUCCCCCUUAUCCCACGUGGCCGUGAACGAUUGCGAUGGCCACGCUGCAUCCUCGUGCAUUACGCUCGGUUCGCGCAAAUUCAAAUAGCAAAUAGAGACGGGUGCCGGAAUUGGUGUAGUAGCUCAAACAAUUUGACAAAAAAAGACUGUAGUUAUCAAAGCUAAAACUGGUUUUAGAUGUUGGCACCUUGAAAUGUGAAGGUAUAUUGCUAGGUACAAUUGUGCUGCACAAUAUAUCAAUGUAUUACUCCAAACACACAAAAACCACACGCGCACACUAUUAAAUUUUGUACUGCAAUAUCGGCAACCACCUAUAUUAAUAUAUACAUAUAAAUAUACAUAUGUAUGUAUGUAUAUUUUAAUUAAACAUCUUCGAUAGUACUCCAGCACGUGUUGCUGAUCACUGAACGAUUACUAGUGUUCCUGUUCAAUGUCGAUGCAACUCUCGUUACAUUUAACAGACACGUUUGUUAUACGAAAUUUAAAUUCUUGCAGCAAAACUUGUGUAGGAAUUGGAACAGAAUGUUAUAUUAUGAACAUAAACGGUUCUUUCGCACGCAAUCGGAAAUGAUUUUCACUUGCAGAUCCAGAUAAUAAAUGUUUCAAUUGUGCAAUUUAUCAUAAAGCCA